UGCCACUCUGUACCUGUAUCGGCUGACUGCCUACUAACAGUUCACUUCAAGCUCGGGUCAGAUACCAUCUCUCAACCUUUUUUUGGGAUCCGUUCACCUGGCCUCUUCUUUACCCCACGCAGCCAUGAGGAUCACUGUGGUCGCCGUUGUCAUGGUGAUGUGUGCGAUGGUGGCGCACGCAGACGUGAAGCCACAGAGGGAUUUCAACCUGCAGAGGUUUGCAGGGAGAUGGUACAGAGUGGGCCUGGCCUAUGACUCCCCAAGCUUUGUCCCCUACAGAGACAAAGUGAAGGCCUCCAUGGGUGUCAUCACAGUGCUGCCAAGCGGCAACGUCAACCUCACAAUGUGGGACGCCACACCUGUCGGCUGUCUCAGUAAGGUGUACCAGUAUGAGAAGACCAACGUGGCCGGACAGUUCACCUACUUCAGCACACGCCAUAACAUGGUGAAGGACAUCACAGUGGUCGACACAAACUACACCGACUACGCUUUGGUUCUCAAACACAAGGUUUUUAACCGAGAGUACACACAGGUGGCGCUUUACGGUCGCUCUCAAAGCCUCAGAAACAAUGUAAUCCAGAGGUUUAAAGCCUUCGCCUUGUCCCAGGGUUUCUCCAGAGAGUCUAUUAUAACUCCACCCCCUGCAGAAAAUUGCCCUCCAUCAGGAUCUGGACGUUAGGUUCCCAGAUGAGCCCGAGAUGAGGCUGGCAUCGUACUCUUAUAAAGCUCUUUCUCUGCUUUGCACUUCCUUUGAAGAACUACACAGCAGAAUUCUCUUCAGCAAACAUCAUCGUUGUGGCUACAAAAGAUGAUAAAUAGUCGAUACUC